ACUGAUCAAUUCCAGCCUCUCCUCUCGACCGUUGGACAGUUCAACUGAUUUUUUAAUUUUCUUUCCUUUUUUUUCCCUACCCAUGGACGACGGUUUUCCGGUGGAAUUCUGGCAGAGCGAUGCCUUUUGGCUCGAUGCCGAUCUCGCUCCAGUGGCCCGAACAAGUGCUUUUGACCCGUACUCGACCCGAACCAAUGCCAGAUUCGGGCAAGAUAACAAUCUCGCCACCGCUGCAGCCAUCGUCGGUGACAAUUCUCGGAACAUCAACAAGAGGAUGAUCGAAUUCUGGAGAAAGAAGUGGCAUGAAAAAAAUAAAGCAGCAGCUGCAGGAGAAGAUCUAGAGAGGGAGAAGAAUUAUAGGCAUAUGUUGAAUGAAAGGUUGAGGAGGGAGAAACAAAGAAAGAGCUACCUUGAGCUGCACUCCAUGCUCCCAAAAAAAACUAAGAACGAUAAGAAUUCGAUCGUUCAAAUGGCUGCGAGUACAAUACAAGAGCUGAAAACAUUAGAGGCAAUUUUAGAGAGGAGAGAUUUAGAGUUGGAGAUUGCAUUAGCGGCACGGAAGAGAGAGAAAGAAAAUGGGACGACGACGACGAUAAGGGUAGCGUUGGCGAACCCUUCGUCGGGGAUCAACUCGAUGCUUGCCAUUCUCAACGUUCUCAAAACCGUCGGAGUAAACGUGAAAGUCAUUAACGCUAAUUUCUUCGACGCUGAGUUUUCAGCACAAUUAGACAUUGAUCACACCCAAAUGAUGGGAGCUGCCGAAGUGGAAAGAGUGGUGCAGCUGACGCUAACCGAAGCAGAGAGGAAAUUUCAAGGGCAGUGCCAGGAAAGAACAAAAUUCAUAAAACAAAGUUAUUUUAAUUUUAAUAAUUAAAGGGACACGUUGUA